ACAUCUCACGGUGAGUGCUUUGCAACAGGAUGAGUAGACGGUGGGCUCCUUGGUCAUCUAAUCCCUCAUUUCUCAUAUGCAUCUUUGUUUCGUUUUCCACAGAAAACACUUGCCCGCUAUGUAAAGUGGGCUGGAUCCCCUUCGGUUCUAAGUGUUACUUCAUCUCCAUUACAACACUGACCUGGAAUGAGAGCCGUGAUUGGUGCCUGACAAAGGGUGGACAACUAGUGAAUGUAGAAAGCUUAGAGGAGUGGGAUAUUUUAGUAAAUCGAGCUAAUAUCACCGGAGGUAAAGAGAGACAUUAUUGGAUUGGCCAAUAUGAUAUCAUUAAAGAAGAGAAAACUACCAGGAUGGACAGCGAGCCUGUAAAAUCUAACAGAGCCAGUGAUGACAACAAAGGAAACUGUUUGGUGAUAUGGCUGGAUUCGAACCAGGAUUUUAGAGUACUGUGUGAAACUCUUAAUCGAUGGAUCUGUGAGACUGCUGCAUUUCCACUUCUUAUAUAAACUGCUAUCAAGAGUUCCAGCCACCUGCCAGAUCCGCUGUCUUCAGGAUUCGUAAGGAACACUUCAUCAGUAAAUCACAGAGCCGCUAGUCUGAGCAGAGUCCAGAAGGUCACCUCACUUUGUCAUGUAGGUGACAGAGGUAGUGAGUGACAACAUACUCGACAUACAGGACUGGGACGAAAUGAAAGCUGACAUCUUCUGGUAAUCUCAGUGUUAGUCUGUGGCUUCUUCCCAGUUCUGACU